AUGGUGCCCCACCGGCCCCAUCAUGUCCCCAUAUCCCCGCAGCCCCUGCAGAUCAAGUCGGUGGUGGCCCCCGAGCACGUCAAGGGCUACCUCUACGUGGAGGCCUACAAGCAGACGCACGUCAAGCAGGCCAUCGAGGGCGUGGGCAACCUGCGUGCCGGCUACUGGAACCAGCAGAUGGUCCCCAUCAAGGAGAUGACCGACGUGCUCAAGGUGGUCAAGGAGGUCACCAACCUCAAGCCCAAGGCGUGGGUGCGCCUCAAGAGGGGCAUCUACAAGGACGACAUCGCCCAGGUGGACUACGUGGAGCCCAGCCAGAACCAGAUCUCGCUCAAGAUGAUCCCACGCAUCGACUUCGACCGCAUCAAGGCGCGGAUGAGCCUGAAAGACUGGUUCGCCAAGCGCAAGAAGUUCAAGCGGCCGCCGCAGCGGCUCUUCGACGCCGAGAAGAUCCGGUCCCUGGGGGGCGACGUGGCCUCCGACGGCGACUUCCUCAUCUUCGAGGGCAACCGCUACAGCCGCAAGGGCUUCCUGUUCAAGAGCUUUGCCAUGUCGGCCGUGAUCACGGAGGGGGUGAAACCCACCCUGUCGGAGCUGGAGAAGUUCGAGGACCAGCCUGAGGGCAUCGACCUGGAGGUGGUGACAGAGGGCACAGGCAAGGAGCGGGAGCACAACCUGCAGCCGGGUGACAACGUGGAGGUGUGCGAGGGCGAGCUCAUCAACCUGCAGGGCAAGAUCCUCAGCGUGGACGGCAACAAAGUCACCAUCAUGCCCAAGCACGAGGACCUCAAGGACAUGCUGGAGUUCCCAGCGCAGGAGCUGCGCAAGUACUUCAGGAUGGGCGACCACGUCAAGGUGAUCGCGGGGCGCUUCGAGGGCGACACGGGGCUCAUCGUGCGCGUCGAGGACAACUUCGUCAUCCUCUUCUCCGACCUCACCAUGCACGAGCUCAAGGUGCUGCCGCGGGACCUGCAGCUCUGCUCGGAGACGGCGUCCGGCGUGGACGUGGGUGGCCAGCACGAGUGGGGCGAGUUGGUGCAGCUGGACCCGCAGACCGUGGGCGUCAUUGUGCGCCUGGAGCGCGAGACCUUCCAGGUGCUCAACAUGUACGGGAAGGUGGUGACCGUGCGGCACCAGGCUGUCACCCGCAAAAAGGACAACCGCUUCGCCGUGGCCCUCGACUCGGAGCAGAACAACAUCCACGUCAAGGACAUCGUCAAAGUCAUCGAUGGGCCCCACUCGGGCCGGGAGGGCGAGAUCCGGCACCUCUUCCGCGGCUUCGCCUUCCUGCACUGCAAGAAGCUGGUGGAGAACGGCGGCAUGUUCGUCUGCAAGACCCGCCACCUCGUCCUGGCCGGUGGCUCCAAGCCCCGGGACGUCACCAACUUCACGGUGGGUGGCUUCACCCCCAUGAGCCCCCGCAUCAGCAGCCCCAUGCACCCCAGUGGGGCAGGUGAGGGCUCGCGCCGCCCCGGCGGGAUGACGUCGGCCUACGGGCGCACGCCCAUGUACGGCUCCCAGACGCCCAUGUACGGGGCCGGCUCCCGCACCCCCAUGUACGGCUCCCAGACGCCCCUGCAUGACGGCAGCCGCACGCCGCACUACGGCUCCCAGACCCCCCUGCACGACGGCAGCCGGACCCCGGCCCAGAGCGGCGCCUGGGACCCCAACAACCCCAACACGCCCUCCAGGGCCGACGAGGACUUCGACUACGGUUUUGAGGAGGAGGCGACGCCGUCACCGCAGGGCUACGGGGGGACCCCCAACCCGCAGACCCCCGGCUACCCCGACCCCGCGUCGCCCCAGCUCAACGCUCCCUACAACCCGCAGACGCCGGGGACGCCGGCCAUGUACAACACGGAGCAGUUCUCGCCCUAUGCGGUGCCGUCGCCCCAGGGCUCCUACCAGCCCAGCCCCAGUCCCCAGAGCUACCACCAAGUGGCCCCCAGCCCGGUGGGCUACCAGAACACGCACUCGCCGGCCAGCUACCACCCCACGCCGUCACCCAUGGCCUACCAGGCCAGCCCCAGCCCCAGCCCCGUGGGCUACAGCCCCAUGACGCCGGGGGCGCCGUCGCCGGGCGGCUACAACCCGCACACGCCCGGCUCGGGCAUCGAGCAGAGCUCCGGAGACUGGGUCACCACCGACAUCCAGGUGACCGUGCGGGACACCUACCCGGACAGCCAGGUGGCGGGACAGGCGGGCGUCAUCCGCAGCGUCACGGGCGGGAUGUGCUCUGUGUACCUCAAGGACGGCGAGAAGGUGGUGAGCGUAUCCAGCGAGCACCUGGAGCCCGUGACGCCCACCAAGAGCAACAAGGUCAAGGUGAUCCUGGGCGAGGACCGCGAGGCCACCGGGAUCCUGCUCAGCAUCGACGGCGAGGACGGAAUCGUGCGCAUGGACCUGGAGGAGCAGCUCAAGAUCCUCAACCUGCGCUUCCUGGGCAAGCUGCUGGAGGCCUGAGGGGGUGCGGGGAUCCAGCCGGGAUCCCCCGGGAACCCCCCAAACUGCCAGGAUCCCCCCGGGAUCCCCAGGAUCCCGCUGGGAUCCCCCAGGAACCCUCCACACAGCCGGGAUCCCCUCGAGAUCCCCAGGAUCCAGCUGGGAUCACCGGGAUCCCCCAGGAACCCUCCACACCACCGGGAUCCCCUCGAGAUCCC